AGUCGUGCUGUUGUCCAAAAAGCUGUUCCCAUAAGAACGCGUGUAUUUUAAUAUUUGACAGGUGUCGCUCGUCACUUGUCGUCGUCUAUGUGUUCAGCACUUCAGUUGUAAAACAUAACAUGUAUUACGCGAUAUUAUAUCAUCAGCAGUAUUAAUAAAAUAUGGCAUCCAUGCAAAUAAUAAAGAUAAGACAGAUGUACUUUAAUUACUGAAUCAAUUGAUAAGUUGUUAUUGAAAUUGUUUAAAUUUCGACGUGUUUUUCUUCAGAUCCUUAAAAAUGAAUAUCAAGGCACUUACGGCUGUAAUAUGUGUAUUUGUGGGUUGCUGUAGCAAUGUUGUAUUUCUGGAGUAUCUAGUAAAAGAAGAUCCCGGUUCUGGAAAUCUCAUAACAUUUUCACAGUUCUUGUUUAUCGCUCUGGAAGGGUUAGUGCAUACAAUUGCGACGCGCAGUUUCUCGCCGAAAAUACCUCUGCGUAAUUAUUCCCUUCUUGUGCUUAUGUUUUUUGUAACAAGUGUGGCCAACAACUUUGCGUUUGACUUCAAUAUACCAAUGCCUUUGCAUAUGAUAUUUAGAGCUGGUUCACUUAUAGCUAAUAUGAUAAUGGGAAUACUUAUUUUGAAAAAGAAAUACAUUUUUUCCAAAUAUUUGUCUGUUUUCAUGAUAACCGUUGGAAUAGUGUUGUGUACAAUUGUUUCGGGGAGUAAUGUGAAAAGUACAUCUGUAACCAAACCAACCGAUACUCUAGACGUUGGAUAUUCCGACUUCUUUAUAUGGAUUCUUGGGAUAGGUUUACUUUCCAUUGCUCUUUUCAUAUCUGCUUAUAUGGGCAUUUGUCAGGAAACUUUAUACAAAAAAUUUGGCAAACAUCCUCAAGAGGCACUCUUCUUUACGCAUUUGAUUCCAUUACCUGGUUUCCUUUUCAUAUAUAAAAAUAUUUGGGAACAUUUCAGUUUAGCUACAGAAAGUGAACAUAUGGCAUUACCAAUAAUUUCUACGGUUGGGUUGAAAGUCGAAAUUCCUCAGAUGCUAUUUUAUUUAAUGUGCAAUGUUAUUACGCAGUACCUAUGCAUAAGAUCGGUGUAUAUUCUAACAACCGAGUGUGCAUCAUUAACCGUUACACUUGUCGUAACAUUGAGAAAAUUUGUAUCAUUGCUUUUUUCUAUUUUAUAUUUUAAAAAUCCGUUUACAAUUUACCAUUGGACUGGUACGGGGCUAGUAUUUUUCGGCACUAUCAUUUUUACCGAAGUAAUUCCACGAAUUACUGAGCAGAUGAAACUUAGGAAGCAUAAAAAAGAAUAGAUAAAAAAUGUACAUGCGUUUAUGUUUAUAAUUACUCGUAUAUAUUAAGAUAACGUAAACUAAUGUGAAUUGUUAAUAGUUUUUGUUUAGGAAAUUAAUAUACUAAUAUACAGUUUUUGUAUAUAUGUGUGUACUUAGAUAAAAUAAAGACUCAAUAGAUGCAAUUGUUUGUUGUACGUUUUUUAUUGCAUAAUCCACGUGAAUCACAUUGCUAAUUUUAAACAAAUAUUUUUUUAGUUUCUUAAUAUCAUAAGGAUAUCGAUAUUUUUUUAACAACUUGUAGACUAAGAUGUGCGUAGCAUUCCGCUUUUUUGAGAGUGGACUUGAGAGCACUGGUCAUCUAUUGCUUACCAUUUAUCGAUAAUGACGUCAGGAACUAAAAUUAAUUAUUUUGCACAAAUUAAAAAAUAAAGGUAAUUUCAUAAAAAAGUAUGUGAAAUAUAUGCAUUGCAUAUAAAAUUCCAUAUUAAAAAUUUCUAACAUUGUUUAAAGCCUUCGCAAAAUGUCUUGAAUGGGAAGCUGUAAAUAGAACUUAAAGGUAUAAGUAUAAACUUCAAUGUAAUUUUUGGGUAUUUGAUAUUUGGGUGUCGUUUAAAUCGUGGCGUCUUACAUAAUAAAAUUAAUCAAUAUUUUACAAAUCAAUGUUUAAUGCAAAGGGAUAUUUAAUAAACCAUAGCAAGGCAUCUCGUUUAAUGGCCAGGAAUCA